UUUAAACUCAUAGCGAAUGGGUACAAAGCGGUUGUAAAAGGCAUCGUUUGUGGCUCUGCGAAGGACUUAUGCUCCGGGUGACACAACAGGAAAACCCUUAAUAUGAGUGAUGACAAACCUUUCCAAUGUACUGCUCCUGGCUGUGGACAGAGAUUUACAAAUGAAGAUCACUUGGCUGUCCACAAACACAAACAUGAGAUGACCCUGAAGUUUGGUCCAGCAAGGAAUGAAAGUGUCAUCAUUGCUGACCAAACACCGACACCCACCCGUUUUUUAAAGAACUGCGAGGAGGUCGGACUCUUCAAUGAACUUGCAAGUCCGUUCGACCAUGACUUCAAAAAAGCAGCUGAAGAUGACAUUAAAAAGUUACCAUUGGAUUUGUCACCUCUUGCAACGCCUAUCAUGCGCAACAAAGCUGAGGAACUCACAGCUAUGGAAGCACAUCGAGAUAGCCCUCUGCCUCACCCCGAAUCUACGACGAACGAUGACGUGAAGGAUUUAUCUUUGCAGCCAUCCUCACUGCCAACCUCCACUAUAGUCCACCCUGCAUCCCUCCAAGUUCCCAAUGUACUUCUAGCAACCUCAGAGGCUAGUGUUGUAAUUCAGCAAGAUCUCCCGUCACCAACAUCUAGCUCUGUUAUUACCCAAGUCCCAUCCACUAAUAGGCCUGUAGUCCCGGUGUCCGGCACCUUCCCUGUGCUCCUACAGCUGCCUAACGGCCAGACCAUGCCAGUUGCUAUACCUGCGUCUAUUACAAGCUCAAGUAUACAUAUUCCAACUACAAUCCCUCUUGUCAGACCUGUCACCAUAGUGCCUAACGUCCCCGGGAUCCCAGGACCCCCCUCGCCACAGCCACAGCCCGUCCAAUCAGAAGCAAAGCUGAAACUGAAACCCACACUAAGCCAGCUGCCUCCUCAGGUUACCAAUGGAAAUGUUGGUGAAGUCCAGAGCAGCGCUGUCACCCACUCUCCUGCUCCCCCUUCCCCUGCCCCGGCAACCCCCACCCCAUCUCCCUCCCCGAUGGCGGUCCUGAGUCCGGCUCCUCUCCUGCUCUCGGCUGAGGAACCUUCUGCCCUCUCCCUUCAGCAGCCAGCCACCUCCACCACAGAGACCCCUGCGUCCCCAGCGCCCCCUGUGCAAAACCCCCCGAGAACAGGAGGUCGGCGGCGCAGAAACACAAGCGAAAACCCCGAUGAGAAGCGGCGCAAGUUCCUGGAGCGAAACAGAGCCGCGGCCUCUCGCUGCCGGCAGAAGAGGAAAGUUUGGGUCCAGUCUCUGGAGAAGAAGUCUGAUGACCUCAACUCCACCAACGGACAACUGCAGAGUGAAGUCACCCUGCUGAGAAACGAAGUGGCUCAGCUGAAGCAGCUUCUUCUGGCUCAUAAAGAUUGCCCUGUAACCGCCAUGCAGAAGAAAUCCGGCUAUCACAUCUCGGAUAAGGACGAGAGCUGCGAGGAGAUGUCCGUCCCCAGCAGCCCCCAGAACGAAGCCAUCCAGCACAGCUCCGUCAGCACCUCCAACGGGGUCAGCUCCUCCUCCACGACCCCGUUCGUCUCCACCGCGUCCAACCAGAGCACAGAGGAGACCCAGCCUUCAGGGAGCUGAUCGCCGCAAACCGUGCCCGAGCGUCAAACCGUGCCCGAGCGUCAAACCUGGAGCCUCUUUUAAUCCCUGCGACAAACAGAGGGAUUCUCUUCAGUUUUAAGUGUGGUGUUUUUCAUUGAUUAAGAUUGCAUUGUUUUUGUUUGGUCCAUUUUGUCCUCCUUUCGCAAUGCUUUUUGAAAAUGCAAAUGUUUUCUCUGGAAUUGAUGAAGACAAAAGAACAGGCACUUUAGGUGUAGAUGUAAAACACGUGGUUCUAAAAUGAUUUUGUACUUGUGUGAUUUAUUUAUUUAUCUUAUGUUUGUAUUUAUUUAUAAGCGAUCAGCCUUAAAGUUUGAUCAGUGAAUUGUUAGAGACCUUACCAAAGUAUGUUGUGUGGGUCAUUUGUAAUUAGUUUGCUUGUUUGUUUUCAUGACUUUUGUAAGCACUAUCUUUAUGAUGAAGUUACAUAAAGAUGAGUCACCUUUUUUCGUAAUUUGCUUUUUCAAUUUUGCACAUUUUGAGAGAUAAUUGGUGACCUUUUUAGAGAUUGACAGCCCACAUGUUAUUAAGUACAGGCAGCUUUUUAGAAGUAGAUUUGAAUACUGUCACAUUACACACAUGUAAAUGCCUGAAUCAGAUUUAAGAUUUGACAACUCUUCUGUGAGUGAGAUCAGAUGUAGUCACAUUGUGCUGUUUGAAUGUUUGCGCUCACCUCUGCUUGUAGAAAUAGUGUUGAGGAGGUGAGCCGGUUAGAAACUUGUUAUUUCAUUAACAUUCCACGUGUUGUCUGAUUGUUCCUGAAGCAGUGAUUGUAGGAUUGCAGUACCUUUUCCAUUACUCAAUCUUUGUGAUGUUGACAUUCAGUGCCAUUGACUUCAUUCCGUGCCAUUAAUGUUUUUGUAUCUUCUGUACAUUUGUAAUGCAGAUUAGCUCAAACUGUUAACAGAUUAAGGGUCUCGUGAACAUCUUAGUAAGGAAAUAUCUUGCUUUGUAUCUUUGCUUUGUUUACGGCUUCAACACAGAACACAAGAUGUUGUUUUCAUGAUUGCAAUUUUUUGACAUUUUUAGAAAACAUUGUAAAUAACAUCAAUGAUACAUUGUGUGUGAUCUUUUUAGGUGUUAUGUACUUUUUGUAGAAUAGUCUGGGGACAGAGCUGAGCCCUGUUGACCACAUGAACUCUGUUAGACGUAGAUCUUAACAAUGUUUAAAUCAUUAAGAUGACUCGACUUCUCAUGUAAAAUAAAGCGUUCAGAUUUGAACUGGAAACACAUAAUAUAUAUUAGAGUAACACUACUACCGCCUGUAAGAAUUGUGAGCAUUUCAUCAUUGAAAUAAUAGUAAGAAGAAAGUCACACCAUGAAGUCAAUUUGCCUUUUUUCUUAGUCUGUCCUAGCUUACUACUGUGUAGUUUUAAGAAAAGCUAAAAAAAAAAAUGCUUUUCUUAAUGUAUGAAUCGUUUUUAUUUUCACUGUUUUGUGCUAUUUGCAUGAGAUAAUAAUUCUCCGCGAGAAUGUAAUUGUUUUAAUCGAUAAUGUCGGAUAAAAAAUAUAAUUAAACAAGUUGUUUCAACUUGAGUUGUGACUCUAAGUUUAUGAAAGCUUUGGUUUGUUUUACCUCAGCGUUACUGCUAAAACAGGAGUGUGAUACUGUGUUGAAAGUGUACUUGUAACUUGUGAAAGUUCUGUAUAAAACAUUUGAAUUGAUAAGUUGUUGUAAUAAACCUUUUAAUAUCUCUUUAAAA